GCCAUUUCUAGGUCAAGCUUCUUGUUAUUUUGUGCCGGUGAAUAGUUUGUUGCGUUCAUGUGAUGUUCAAACUGUUUACCGCUUUACUAACAGUUAAUACAACACCUAUACUUUGGAAAGCUAAAGUCUCCACAAUGUCGAAUGCAAUCACCAGAAUUGUCGCCCGUCAAAUCUUUGACAGCAGAGGAAACCCAACAGUAGAGGUAGACCUGCAAACUGGCAAAGGUACAUUCAGGGCAGCAGUCCCCAGUGGUGCCUCAACAGGUAUCUAUGAGGCCCUCGAGUUGAGAGACCAAGACCCAGCAGCUUAUCAUGGCAAGGGAGUCAGUCAGGCUGUGGGCCACAUUAACAACUCACUCGGACCAGCUCUUAUUGCCAAGGGAGUUGAUGUCACUCAACAGAAGGAAGUUGAUCAAGUCAUGCUGGAUCUUGAUGGAACAGAAAACAAGUCCAAGUUUGGGGCCAAUGCUAUUCUAGGCGUGUCUCUAGCUGUAGCCAAGGCAGGAGCAGCUGCUAAGGGUGUCCCACUUUACCGCCAUCUGGCUGAUCUAGCUGGCAACAAAGAUGUCAUUCUCCCCGUCCCAGCAUUCAAUGUAAUCAAUGGAGGCAGCCAUGCAGGAAACAAACUAGCUAUGCAGGAAUUCAUGAUCUUACCAACAGGUGCCAAGAACUUCACAGAAGCCAUGCGUAUGGGAUCAGAGAUCUACCAUCACCUGAAAAAAGUAAUCAAGGCAAAAUAUGGUCAAGAUGCCUGCAAUGUUGGAGAUGAGGGUGGCUUUGCCCCAAACAUCCAGGUCAACGAUGAAGCCCUUAAGUUGGUCACCACUGCUAUUGCCAAGGCUGGCUAUGAAGGCAAGAUUAAAAUUGCAAUGGACAUUGCAGCCUCAGAAUUCUAUAAAGAUGGAAAGUAUGAUCUAGACUUCAAGAGCAAAGACUCUGAUCAAAGCAAGUGGUUAACAUCUGAUGCCCUUGGUGAAAUAUACAAGGACUUCAUUGCCAACUACCCAGUGGUUUCUAUUGAAGAUGCCUUUGACCAAGAUGAUUGGAAGGCUUGGUCCAAACUCCAAUCACAAAUCGACAUUCAGUUAGUAGGUGAUGAUCUGACGGUGACCAACCCCAAGCGAGUCCAGACAGCUAUUGACAGUAAGGCCUGCAACUGUCUUCUUCUCAAGGUCAACCAGAUAGGCUCUGUCACUGAGGCUAUUGAUGCUUGCAAGUUGUCUCAGACCAAUGGUUGGGGAGUGAUGGUGUCACAUCGAAGUGGAGAGACUGAAGAUUCAUUCAUUGCUGACCUUGUCGUAGGACUUUGUACCGGACAGAUCAAGACUGGUGCCCCAUGUCGCUCAGAGCGUCUGGCCAAAUACAACCAGCUGUUGCGUAUAGAGGAAGAACUGGGAGCAAAUGCUAAAUACGCAGGAGAGAACUUCCGCAAGCCCAUCCAGUAAAGACAAUGCACGAGGAUAGCAAAUCAUGAUCCAAUCUUGACAUUGUUGACUAUCGGAUCAUGUUUUGAAUAGUGAUGCAGAUACAUUACAGUACACAUGAGACCCCACCAGCCGAUAAGUCAUUUAUAGUUUAACAGUAAAGGUUGAGUUAAUCUCGAGUUGUACUGUACUUGUCUGCCCCACAUUAACACUGAGAGCUUUUAUUGUAUUGUAUUGUGUACAAAUACAAGAUUGAAAGAUGGAUGAAUGGAUGGAUGAUAUUAUAAGUGUGUAAAGAUACAGCCAGACGAUCACUGCCAGAUACCAGGACCAAGCAGCUUCUUAGCUCUGCUGCUCUAUGGAGAUUCAGAAUUGAGAUACGUGGACUUUGUAUGAUAGACUGAACUGUAAAUUUUGAGUCCUAUGUCUCUCAUAUCUGUAGUACCAGGCAUGAACUUGGUAUUCAUAAUGGGCGUCAAGUUAUGCAGCUUUGUGAAUUUCCAGCAGAUGCCUUUUACACAGGGCAAUAAACAUAGGAUGAAAUCAUAAGAUGACAAAUUGAUUGUGCCACAUAAUGGCUGCUGCCGCUGCGACAUAUUAUAGCCUAGCUAGUAAAUGUAUGGAUAGCCCUGUAUAAUGGGAAAUAUCCCAAAUUCAUAGUUGGUUCCUUUAACAGUGAAACUAUACUAAGAAUUGGAUGCGGGGCUCGUAGCUUUGUAUAGAUUAAGGUGGGAGAGAUCCAAGCUCUUUCACCUGAGAUUGUGCAUGUUAUGUCUAUGUUGUUUGAGUAUUGUAGUUAAGCAAAUCAUAGCCUUAUGAACAACUCCUAGCACUUUAUUAUUAAGACUUGUAGCUUUAUUCUUGAAACUGUAUAAGAUUUUAUAGUUGAUUUAUUUAAUGUAUUCUCUAAGAAUAUUUUAAUCACUGUUGUUAUAACGACAUAGAAUGUUAUAUAGAUUGCGGCUGAAAUAAAAGUUGAAAACUAUAAAUAAACCAUUUGUUAUUUUCUUUUUUACUAAAACUCCAU